AAAUCAACAGCAAAUUGUUGAAUUUUUUUUUUUUCUCAUUAUCAAAACGAAAAGAAACAAUGCAAUAGAUAUUACUGUAAAAUUAGUUCUGAAAUUUUUAAAACAAAUUUUCUAUAGAAAAUAAAUAUAAUUUCUAUAUUCAAAUCGAUUUUGUUUUAACGAUUCAAAAAUGAGUUAUCAAUUAUAUCGAAAUACCACGAUUGGUAAUACAUUACAAGAAACAUUGGAUGAAUUUGUUCAGUCUGGACAGGUUAGCCCUCAAUUGGCCCAAAAGGUUUUAUUACAUUUUGAUAAAGCCAUUAAUGCUGCAUUUUCUACUCGUGUUAGAUCUCGAUUAACAUUUAAGGCAGGACAUUUAAAAACAUAUCGUUAUUGUGAUAAUGUAUGGACAAUUGUAUUGAAAGAUGCUGAAUUUCGUGAAACAACAGAAUUGAUUAAAAUCGAUAAGGUUAAAAUUGUCGCUUGUGAUGGUAAAAAUACACAACAACAACAAUCAAAAGAAGAUUAAUUUCUUCUACUACUACUUCGUUAACAAGUGGGGGAAAAAAAAUUCAAAAUGGAUGAAUUGCAUUUUGAAUGGCAAUGAUUCCAUCACUUGAAAAAAAAUUUGUCUAUCUUUCAACCUUUUUUUCUUAUGCAAAUCACAUUCGAUGUGUAUGUAUUCAAAAUGCUGUAAAAUUUACAAAAAAAAAUUCAUUUUUGUUCUCAAAUUUCAUUAAAUAUUAAAACACAAUCAUAAUA